AGUGGCUGCGGCCGGCGGCAGCGGGCGGCAGAGGAGGUGCGACCGGCUCUGGAGCUGCCUAGCGCGGCCGGGCGGGCGGCGCCGCUCAGGCUCGGGCUCGGGCUGGGCCCGGCGCGGCCUCGGGGCUGCCCAUGGGGCGCGGGGGGCCGGGCCGGUGACGCCGGACGCCCAUGGACGCCUCUGAGGAGCCGCUGCCGCCGGUGAUCUACACCAUGGAGAACAAGCCCAUCGUCACCUGUGCUGGAGAUCAGAAUUUAUUUACCUCUGUUUAUCCAACGCUCUCUCAGCAGCUUCCAAGAGAACCGAUGGAAUGGAGAAGGUCCUAUGGCCGGGCUCCGAAGAUGAUUCACCUGGAGUCUAACUUUGUUCAAUUCAAAGAGGAGCUGCUGCCCAAAGAAGGAAACAAAGCUCUGCUCACGUUCCCCUUCCUCCAUAUUUACUGGACAGAGUGCUGUGAUACUGAAGUGUAUAAAGCUACAGUGAAAGAUGACCUCACCAAGUGGCAGAAUGUUCUGAAGGCUCAUAGCUCUGUGGACUGGUUAAUAGUGAUAGUUGAAAAUGAUGCCAAGAAAAAAAAUAAAACCAACAUCCUUCCCCGAACCUCUAUUGUGGACAAAAUAAGAAAUGAUUUUUGUAAUAAACAGAGUGACAGGUGUGUUGUGCUCUCCGACCCCUUGAAGGACUCUUCUCGAACUCAGGAAUCCUGGAAUGCCUUCCUGACCAAACUCAGGACAUUGCUUCUUAUGUCUUUUACCAAAAACCUAGGCAAGUUUGAGGAUGACAUGAGAACCUUGAGGGAGAAGAGGACUGAGCCAGGCUGGAGCUUUUGUGAAUAUUUCAUGGUUCAGGAGGAGCUUGCCUUUGUUUUCGAGAUGCUGCAGCAGUUCGAGGACGCCCUGGUGCAGUAUGACGAGCUGGACGCCCUCUUCUCUCAGUAUGUGGUCAACUUCGGGGCCGGCGAUGGUGCCAACUGGCUGACUUUUUUCUGCCAGCCAGUGAAGAGCUGGAACGGAUUGAUCCUCCGAAAGCCCAUAGAUAUGGAGAAGCGGGAAUCGAUCCAGAGGCGAGAAGCCACGCUGUUAGAUCUGCGCAGUUACCUGUUCUCUCGCCAGUGCACCUUGCUGCUCUUCCUGCAGAGACCAUGGGAGGUGGCCCAGCGCGCCCUAGAGCUGCUGCACAACUGUGUGCAGGAACUGAAGCUCCUAGAAGUGCUCUGAGGGGAGCAAAGAGGCCUUCGCAGUUUGGAAGUACGAACAGUAUAUGCAGACAAGAAAGGGCCCUUAUCCAGCGUGUACUGUGAAGAACUCACAUACAUCGAUGCAGAAAGACUGACCAACCGAUAGAAAAACAGGCAGGAGAGGAAAUCCACAUGGCCAAUAAACAUAUGAAAAGGGCUCAGUCUCAUGAAUCGUAGCGAAAUGCAAACUGAAACCAUUGUCAAUGAAGUACCAGCACACACCAGCAGAAUGGCCAGGAUGGAAAGGCUUUCCUCGGGUGUUGGUGGGAGGGUGGAGACACUGGCGCUCGUUCACUGAUGAUGGUGUGCACCACUGGAAGCGCUUUGGAAGGCUGUUUGCAGUAUCUAGCGGGUGUCGCCAUCACAACAUAUGCCCCAUGACCCAGCAGAUCAGCCCUGGUAUGUGCAGACACACGCACACACAUGCAUCAAAAGACAAGUACAGAGAUAUUUGUGGCACCGUGAGUCAUCAGAGCUAGAAAUGGGGAAGAACCCAAAUAUUCAUCUCGUCCAAGGGAUGACGACACGGCACCGUGGCCCUGCAGUGCGCUAGGGUACAGUGGUGAACGUGACUGGGUCAUAGUGCAUGACUGUAACCAACCUCAAGUUGAGCUAAAGAAGUUGGACACAAGAGAGGGCAUACCUUUUUUUUUUUCCUAGAUGGAGUCGUGCUCUGUCGCCCAGGCUGGAGUGCAGUGGCGUGAUCUUGGCUCACUGCAACCUCCACCUCCCGGAUUCAAGCGAUAUGAGAAGGCAUACUUUUUGAUUCCUUGUAUCUAAAGUUUACAGUGAAGCUACACCAGUCUGCUGUGAGCUCUCUGGCAGGUGGAGGGGCUGGUGACUGGCAGGGAGUUCCUGCAGGAGCUACUGCUCUGAUUCUGCUUUCAUGGGAGGCAUAUCAGGCGUUCACCUGGGACUCGUGCACCUUCCAGUGUGUGGGUUGCACCCAAAUGGUAGGGUAUCAAAAGCAAGAACAAGAAUGCCUUUACUUUUAUACUUGGAAGUGGCAAAAUGGCACUUGCCAUUGCUAAUACAGCGAUCUGGAGAGGAGGAGGGGCUUUAAGGAAAAUUAAUACAAAUUAAGAAUUAGUUUAAAAAGUGUGUUAUUCACAAAAGAUGAUAUCCAAAUGGCCAAGACGUGUCUGACGGCCCAUUAGGGAAAUGUGAGUUUUCUGGAGACAGUGAAGCCACCACCUGGUUCCAGAGUGAGGUGUCCAAGCUGCAUGCUCUGCCAUUCAGUCUCAGGCUCUCAGGGCAGAGCGGAGGCUUGGUCUUUGUUGUGUUGGGUGCUGUGGCAUGCUGGGUGGCAGAUGCCACCAUAGAGGCAUGGCUUUCGUAAUGUUGGCUGAAGUGCCCGUUUUCUGUGUCGGCCACUGUUUAGGAGCAAGGGGCUGACACUUGUUUGGACGACUCAAAGCCAUGAAGACAUGGCUGCAGAACAAUCACUCUUUUCCAGAGUUUGUGAGACUUUUGUUUUUUAUUCUCAAGCUGCACUAUAAUGGGUAAAAUGAGCCUGGAUGGCUCUGGCACUCUCUCUUCCCUUCCCCCGCGCUCUUGUGUCUCUGCUGCGGGGAUGCUGGUGGGAGAAGAGUGCUGGCGCUGUUUGUGUUCUGCUGUGAGUAGCCCGGCGCACUCGGGGCUGGGGGCGUCUUCGGAGUCUGAGAAGGCGUCCCUCAGUUGAGGCAGGGGUAACAUUGCAAAUAGUUUUACCCAUAGUAGCCAAACACUGGAAACAACCCAGACACUUAAAAGGAGUGGAUAAAUAAACUGUGGCCAACUUGUAGAAAGGUUUAAUAAGCAGCAGUGAAAAAGAACAGGCUGACAGACUCUGCAAGGUUGAAUCUUAAAGAUGUGUUGAAUUAAAGAAGCCCCAUGUACAAAAGAGGACGUGCGUGAUUUCAUUAUGUGAAGUUCACAGAUCAGCCAGAAGGAAUUGAUGGUGGCCGAAGUCAGGAUAGGGGGUGCCUCUUUGGGGUGGGUCUUGACUAGGAAAAGGGACUUGAGAGAACCUUCUAGGAUAAUGUUGUUGCUUGAUUAGGUGGUGGUUACAUUUGUAAAAAUCAUGGACCUCUAAAUUUAGGGUUUGUGCCCCUCACAUACCUUGUUGUAUGUAUUUUGCCACUUGUUUUUUCAAAGCAGUGAAAAAGUAUCACUGCAAUGAAGUUGUAAAUAAAUUGUUUCGUUAACAUGUCUGGAAGUCUUCCAUGUCCCACUGUGGAAGGUCUUGCUGCUGCAGAGCCCUCCUCUGUCAGGCCCUGGAAAGUAUAGAGAAGAAGCAGAGUGCCCGGCCCCCUCUGGGGUGUUACCUGGGGUUUGGGUGGGAGCUAAGAGACACACACAGUAAGUAGUAACAUACGAGGCAGGCGGCUCCUCAAGGCGGCACAACAGAAAGGCUUGUGUAUGCCACAUCACAUGCCCAAUUCAUAUGCCUGUUUUUCUUUUCCAUAAAAACUGAAGUUUUAAAAUGAUGUGUGAUAGGAAAUGUAGGGAGCUGCGAUUCUCCUGGGAAACAGAGGCUCUUAGAGCACGGAGCCAGGGAGGACUCACAGCCAAGACCAGAGCAGGCCCCGGGGAGGCUUCGCACUGUGGGAGGUGUGAGUUCCAGAGGGAGGGGUGGCCGAGCUCACCUUCAGGUUUCUGUUAUUCAGUGACAGCCUGACCUGUACCUUGGCGUGGGUGUGUGCAGGACCUGCCUGCUCUCUCCCACCUCUUCCGGGAUGGAAGUUGAAGGUGUAGUCUCAGCAGUCAGUGGCCAAUGGCUGCCACUGGAUUUUGUUGUUUUUAGCCCAGAAAGGUACUGCUACGUGAUGCUGCUAUUUUUUUAAUACUGUCGUUCAAGCUUACCAAAGCGGGACUUGCUCUUUGCAGGAAAAAAAUAUACCAAGAACUGUUCUAUAAUCAUGCCACGCAGUAAUUAAUGCCACCGUUGGCAUUUUGGUGGUAUCAUUUGGGAGCCUUUCUGAGGUGCACCUGUGCGGUCAGGCGGCUCCUCCGCUCUCGGCUGCUGCUGUUCCCUGCUGACUCAGUCAGCGCCUGGUGCCUCGGCUGCUCUUGCUUCUGCAUCCAGCGCCCUCUGCCGCGGCUCCCCUGCUGUGGCUCUUGGUCUUUAUCUCCCUUCUCUGUGGAUGCACCUUUUUUUGUUUGUU